AAAAGAUUUUCCUAAACAACGAUUUCUUUCUUUUUAUUAGUUGAGGUUUGCAAACGGACUCGAAAAAAGAUUUACAAAUUAGGCAUCGUUGUUUUUGUGGUUGAUUCGGUUUCAAAAUGGCGGCGGCCGUUCCAGACCUUGAGACUGACGAGUCGGAAUCUAACUUGCUUUUUUUCAACUUCAACCAGAAUUAUUCCGCUAUUUCAGUUGGUACAAAAACUGGAUACAGAUUACUGUCAUUAGCUUCUAUCGACAAGUUUGACGUCGUGCAUGAAGAUGACACCCCAGAAGUCAAUGCGAUCGACAGGUUUUUUUCCAGUAGUUUGUUGGCUUUAGUUAGUUUGACAGCCCCCAGAAAACUGAGGGUAUGCCAUUUUAAGAAGACCCAAGAAAUAUGUAACUUCAGCUAUUCUAGUGCCAUUUUAGGAGUCAAGCUCAACAGAACGUCACAUGCGAUAUUACAGAGGUUGGUGGUCUGUUUGGAAGACAGUAUACACAUCCACGGUCUCAAGGACAUGAGAACCUUGCACAGCAUCAACAACAUACCAUACAAUCCAAAGGGUCUUUUUGCAUUAGCCUCUGGCAAUGAAAACUGCUUCCUUGCUUGGCCUUCAAGCAAUAUCAUCGGGGAGGUCCAUGUUUUCGACUGUAUCAGUCAGAGGGAUAUAACAACCAUACAUGCCCAUGACAAUCCAUUAGCUGCCAUAGCAUUCAGUACAUCUUCAUCUAUGAUAGCCACUGCAUCUGAAAAAGGUACAAUCAUCAGAGUUUUCUCACUGCCUGAUGGUCAGAAGAUUUUUGAAUUCAGAAGAGGAGUUAAAAGGUGCGCUACGAUACAUUCACUUUCAUUCAGUCAAGACUCUCGUUUCCUCUGUUGUUCCAGCAACACGGAGACCAUUCACAUCUUCAACCUGGAAAGCACCAAAGAUGAGAAGCCCGUAGAAGAGUCGCAAGGUGGUUGGAUGGACUAUCUUAGUGGGGCCCUCAGGACAUCGGCCUCUUACCUGCCAACACAAGUUACCGAAAUUUUAAACCAGGGACGUGACUUUGCCGUUGCACGACUCCACAAAGCUGGUCUCAAGAAUGUCAGCGCCAUCGCUUGCAUACAGAGAGCAACCUACGUGCUGGUAGCCUGUGAGGAUGGCUUCUUGUACGUCUUCAACUUCAACACAUCUAUUGGAGGAGAGUGUCCCUAUGUUAAACGGCUCAGGUUUGAUGUUAUGGGCGAAAGCGGGAAUGCAGAGGUUGCUGAUUCCAUGUUAAUUAACGGAGCAGCGGCUUCUUGGCCAUUUACGAAAGAUGAACCUUCGGAGGACAGAGUUAAAGAGCCUGCAGACGAUUUGAAAUUGGAUGAUGAAAAUGAGUUUCCACCCGUUGUGCAUGGAAAUUAACUGUUAAGUAAUUAAUAUUUAAUUAAUAAGUGCUGUAAUAAAUGAGUUAAUGAAUGAACAAACAUAUGAGAUAUAUUCGAGUAUUUCCUUUCGUUUAAUGAGACAUUGUCAGUCUUUAUAAUAUGUGUUACAAAUGUUCGUGCAUCUCUGUGUAAACGCUUGAAGCGAGCGAACAUUUCUAUGUUUGUAUACACAUUAUAUAUUUUAUAUAUACAUUGAUCAUCUAUUUUUAUUUUGACUCGUGUAUAUAUAUUUUUUAAGUUUAAACGUUUUGAAUUUUUUUUUUUUGAUCAUGCAUUAUAAUAUUUGUCCUGUCGAAUGGUGAAUCUACGUUGAACAGUCUUCGAGUGUCAACUGUAUAUUUUGGAUUAUGUUGCAUUUGUUGUCAUUUGACUGUAUGUUUAAGCGAAACAGUUUUCCAUUUAAUUAAGUAUUAUUAACCAAUAAACAUUUUCCAUAAAUAUGGGAUCGUUGCGUUCCAAAAUUCCAACAAGGGAUUCAAUGGCUCAUUUGUUUCAUGUGACUGUACCGAGUUUUUGUGUUAUCAACGAUAAUAAUAAAUUGCAUUUUAAUUAUGGUGGAUUCUCGAUGUAGACAUCACAUCUCUGAAAUUCUCACUUUUUCGGCUACAGUUUUUUUCUUAUUUAACAAGACUGACGGCAAAAGAACCUUUGUGGCUUUCCGCUUUAUAUCAAUUUUCGCUCAAUUUUCCUUGUUUUAUUUGACGAAGAUUCAGAAUGUUUUUAAAAUUGGAGCGACCAAAAUUUAGUAUGUGUAUGCGUGAACAAUUUAAAAAAUAAAAGUUACACAAUUUUUAA